AUGAAAUUUGUUUCAUCUGUUGAGACUGAACCAGGUAGCACGACAACAUUUUCUGAGGAGCAAAAGUCUAGUCGUGGUAUAAACACAAUGCCCUGUGUUGUGAAGAGAAAAUUGCAGAAAAUCAAGCCAGUUAUUGAGUACAACAAAAGGGGGAAACCAUAUGGCCCUACACAUACUCAGAUGCAGUCCUACAUUGGUGUGUUGGCACAGUCCAGAGUCCCAAUUGUGGACAAGAAAUGGACUGAAAUCCCUAAGGAUAUAAAAGAGCGAAUUUGGGAAGCCGUUGACAUGGCUUAUGUGGUAGGGCAAGGGGGUAAAAAAAUGGUGUUAUCAUCUGCUGGCAAGAAAUGGAAAGAUUUCAAGUCUACAUUAACGAGGCAUCAUGUCCUUCCAUUCAUCAAUGAGAAGGAGAAGUUAAGACAACCCUCUGAAUUAUAUAAAUUCAUAGAGAAAGCAGACUGGGAUGCCUUUGUAGCUUCAAGGUUAUCCGAACAAUUUGAGUCUGUCCAUGCUGAACAAGCACAGAGGAGAGAGAAAUGUGAGUACAAUCAUCGAUUGUCUCGAAAAGGAUAUGUUGGUUUGGAGGAUGAUUUGGAAGAAAGCAUGCCAAGGGUAGAAAUUGAUCGAUCUACCUUGUGGAAGAAAGCUAGAGAAGACAAACACAGUAAUAUCCCUGAUCCAAAGGUUGCGGAGAAAGCAAAAUUAAUUGAUGAAUUGCAAAAACAAGUCAAUGAAGGCACUCUUAAUGUCUCUGGAAGUAAUGAUGUGUUGACUAUGGCUUUGUCCCGAGCAUCCAGGGAGAGUUACAGGUGUUGGGGCUGGGAUUUCCACUAG